GUUCAUCAUUUGAGAUGGCAGCAAGGGAAUGGAAUGGUUGACAAGGACAUUUCAGAGACAGGCAAAAUCACAGUCAACAGCAGCACACAGGAAGAGAGGGGAAAACUAAUCCGACAUGGGUGGAAGAGGUGAGUGGUUGGGUCAGGGACUCCUACUCUGCUUGUUUGCGGGAGGGAUCUGACCUCUAGACAGCAGUGGAGAAAGCAGCUUUGAGCCCGGGGAGAAGUGCAAAAUCUACUUAGUGCCACAGUGCUGAGUAUACAGCCUUGUCUGGAAAUGGAGUUACUCUAUGGAGAGCCACCCAGAGGCUUGUGUGUGGAAGAUGUCCAACAUGCCUGUCAGAGAAAUAGCAUUUGCCCUGGCCUGACAGGGUUUUGUGUAGCCCAGGAUGGCGAAAAACUCACUGCAGAGGAUGACACUGAACUUCUGAGUCUCCUGGCUCCAUGUUGUGAGCACUAUACUUAUAGAUCCGCCAUUGUGGGUGGAGCCACUGUCAUGAUGCAGAUUUUUGUGAAGACCUUUACGGGAAAAACCAUCAAGCUCAAGGUUGAACCCUCGGACACUAUAGAAAAUGUAAAGGCCAAGAUCCAGGAUAAGGAAGGAAUUCCUCCUGAUGAGCAGAGAUUGAUCUUUGCGGGUAAGCAGCUGGAAGAUGGCCGUACUUUGUCUUUCUACAACAUUCAAAAGGAGUCUACCCUUCAUCUUGGGUUGAGACUUGUGGUGGUGCUAAGAAAGAAGUCUGACACCACUCCCAAGAAGAAUAAGCAUGAGGGGAAGAAGGUUAAGUUGGCUGUGCUGAAAUACUAUAAGGUGGAUGAAAAUGGCAAAAUUAGCUGACUUCAUCGAGAGUGUCCUUCUGAUGAGUGUGGUGCUGGAGUUCUCAUGGGAAGCUACUGUGACAGGCAUUACUGUGGCAAGUGUUGUCUGACUUACUGCUUCAACAAACCAGAAGACAAAUAGUUGU